UAUCACAUCCGGUAGUUUUUUCUUUCGGCCGGCAGGGGUCGCGCUGUGACGAGGAGAAAUGGGAUCAUCUGUGUUCUACGGUUUUAGUUUUGAGGCGUCUUUUCCCCCCUGACUUCUUUUCUUCCUAAGAUUUCUUCUCCACAAUUCGGCCUAAAAUCCACAAUUGAUCACCCCUGCCACAAACAUGACCGCGUCGGCCUCACAUUGAGUGACAUUUGGAGCUGAAAGGGAGGGAAAAGACGGAUAAAAAGAAGAGCGACCACCACCUCCUCCUCCUUUUCUUGCUAAGGCCUGAUGUCGAUGCGAAGUCCAACCAUGAGUGUCUUACCACCCGUUCGCAAGGAUCGCAUCAUCCCGCAGUUCCCUCAUUGUUUCCGCGAAGAUGCCGCGCUCCACGUCGAGCGCGACUUCAACCCCAAAGUGAAGGCGGCGUGCCAGGAGCAGCGCACCGGCACGGUGGGGUUUAAAAUCGCCAAGGUCAUCGUGGUGGGCGACUUGGCGGUGGGCAAAACCUGUCUGAUUAACAGGUUUUGCAAGGACGCUUUUGACAAGAACUACAAGGCCACCAUUGGCGUGGAUUUCGAGAUGGAGCGCUUCGAGGUGCUGGGCGUCCCUUUUAGCCUGCAGCUGUGGGAUACGGCGGGUCAGGAGAGGUUCAAGUGCAUCGCUUCCACGUACUACAGAGCGGCACAAGUGGUGAUUAUCGUCUUCGACGUUACCGACGUCGCGUCUUUGGAUCACAGCAGGCAGUGGCUCGAAGACGCCCUGAGAGAAAACGACCCCACGGCCGUCCAACUCUUCCUGGUCGGCACCAAGAAAGACCUGAGCUCUCCCGCUCAGUAUUCUCAGAUUGAACGAGACGCCCUGCAGGUGGCGCAGGAGAUGCGAGCCGAGUAUUGGGCCCUGUCGUCGCUCACGGGGGAGAACGUGAAGGAGUUCUUCUUCCGGGUGGCGUCGCUGGCAUUCGAAACCAACGUCCUGGCCGAGCUGGAGAAGAGCGGAAGCAGGCAAAUCGGCAACAUCGUCCGAAUCCACAGCAACAGCAGCCACCUGUCCAAGAAGAGGAAGCAGCCCGCCUGCUGUCAGUGACGCCGCCUGCGCG